GGCUCUGAUUCAAUAAAACACUUUUAUUGAAAACACUCAAGUGUUUCAGAUGGAAAUCAUUUAAAUCAGUGUCCAUGUUCUAUUGAUACCACUGUUAGUUUAAAUGUUCUCUCCUGGCAUCUUGUAAUUUUAAAUUUUGACCCCACCUCAAAACCACUAUUUAUUUAAAGUUUUCUUUGAUCACUGACUGCUACCGAGCAUAAUCUGCGGAGACCCCUCGUGUGGUUGAAGCUCUGAUGUGGUCGAGAGCUCUGAUGUGGUUUAGAGCCCUGAUGUGGUUGAGCGCCAUGGUGUCGUUGAGAGCCCUGGUGUGGUGAGAGACAUGGUGUCGUUGAGAGCCCUGGUGUGGUUUAGAGCCCUGGUGUGGUUGAGAGCCCUGGUGUGGUUGAGAGCUCUGAUGUGGUUGAGAGUCAAUGGUGUGGUUGAGAGCCCUGGUGUGGUUGAGGAGCCUGGUGUGGUUGAGUACUCUGGUUUGUUUGGGAGCCCUUGUGUGGUUGAAAGCCAUGGUGUGGUUGGGGGCGCUGGUAUGGUUUAGAGCCCUGGUGUGGUUAAGAGCCCUGGUGUGGUUGAAAGUCAUGGUGUGGUUGAGAGCCCUGGUGUGGUUUAGACCCCUGGUGUGGUUGAGAGUCAUGGUAUGGUUGAGGGCGCUGGUGUGGUUGAGUCAUGGUGUGGUUGAGAGCGCUGAUGUGGUUGAGAGUCAAUGGUGUGGUUGAGAGCCCUGGUGUGGUUGAGGAGCCUGGUGUGGUUGAGUACCAUGGUUUGUUUGGGAGCCCUGGUCUGGUUGAAAGUCAUGGUGUGGUUGGGGGCGCUGGUGCGGUUGAGAGCCCUGGUGUGGUUGGGAGCAGUGGUAUGGAUGAGGGCCAUGGUCUAGUUGUGGGAGCAAGGGUGUGGUUGAGAGCCCUGAUGAGGUUGGGAUCCCUUGUGUGGAUGAGGUACAUGGUCAGUUUGGGAGCAAUGGUGUGGUUGAUAAUCAUGCUGUGGAUGAGGGCACUGGUGUGGUGGGGCGCUAUGGUGAGGAUGAGGGUCAUGGUCUGGUGUGAUUGAGAGCCCCGGUUAAGGUGAUCGUCUAUGU